GAUUGUGCGUGUAGGACGCGAGAGGAGAGAGAUCAUAAUCAAAUCAAAAGUCCGACCGCUGAGCUAGAGAGCGCACUUAAAAUCACGUGGGGUGGAAAAUUUUACAGGGGAAAAAGUAAAAGUGUCGUCGAAGUGACUUCUGGUCGUACUUUGCUUUCCCUUCCCUCUUUGCUUUUCCUGCCCCUCCGCCCUGCAUUCCGCGGAGCAGCUGUGUUUUAAUGCCCCUGCGCACCCGUGGAGGAGAGUCAGGAGAGAAGAGUGAGGAAGAAGAGGCAGAAGAAGUGAGAAGGCCCGGACACCACCCCUCCUCGCUCUUUGGAAGUCUGUCCACUCUCCCCUCCUGGCCCUGCAUGGACGGGGAUGGGGAGAGCCGGAUGCUGUUGCCUCGGGGCUGAGCGCCUUGCUUCCCCGUCUAUGGUGCGCCGCUUCCGGCCGCUGCUGCUACUGAUCAUCGUGUUCUGCUGCGGUGCUCACCUAGGUCAGUGCCAGGUGGCCAGCCCUCAAUGUCGCAUUCAGAAGUGCACCACCGACUUUGUCUCCUUGACCUCCCACCUGACACCGUCUGUAGAUGGAUUUCACACAGAAUUUUGCAAGGCUUUGCGAGCGUACUCAGCCUGCACCCAGAAGACAGCCAAGUCCUGCCGUGGAAACCUGGUCUUCCACUCGGCCGUGCUGGGCAUCUCAGACCUCAUGAGCCAGAGGAACUGUUCCAGAGAUGGGCCCACAUCCUCUACGCACCCUGAGAUCCAGCUUGAGCCCUGCAACUACCACAGUCGUACCCAACAUGCCCAUACACACUCCCACAUGCAUACACACUCCCACUCUCACAGCCACGGCCAUUCUCGGCCCGGGUACUUGUUUUGCGGGUUGUUUGGGGACCCCCAUCUGCGGACAUUUAAGGAUAGCUUCCAGACUUGUAAGGUGGAGGGAGCAUGGCCUCUCAUUGAUAAUGACUAUUUGUCAGUUCAGGUAACAAAUGUUCCUGUGGUCCCUGGCUCCAGCGCCACAGCAACAAAUAAGAUCACCAUCAUCUUUAAGCCUUACGAGGGUUGCACAGAUCAGAGGGUCUACCAGGCUGUCACGGACAACCUCCCUGCUGCUUUUGAUGAUGGAACUGUGAGCAGUGGUGACCCCAUCCACACCUCUGUUGGUGCAGAUGGUGCAGCUGGGAAGGUCCGGGCUCUGUGGAUCUCUGAACGUAGUCCUGGGCGUCAUGUGGAGCUGCACGCCGGCUACAUUGGUGUAACUGUAAUUGUUCGUCAGCUGGGCCGCUACCUAACGUUGGCAGUGAGAAUCCCAGAGGAGCUGGCUCAAGCCUAUGAUGCCACCCAGGAUCUGCAGCUCUGUCUGAACGGUUGCCCCAGUAGUGAACGCAUCGACCAAGCAGGGCAUCUUCCCCUGCCACUCUCUCCUCCAGCUCUUGGACUCCAGCUACAGCAGCUGCGUCGGCCUAGCUACUCCUCACAAACACAGGCAUACCCUUAUGGUGCCACGCAUGUUUUUGGUGUGGAGGGGGCAAAGGAGCGCUGCAGGGACCAGCUGGAGGUACUGGACAUUUACUUCCACUCCUGUGUGUUUGAUCUCCUGACCACUGGGGAUGCUAACUUCACAGUGGCAGCAUACAGUGCCCAGAAGGACAUGGAGAGUCUCCAUCCACACCAGGAUAGAUGGAGGAUCUACCCCCGAAGCUCUGCCACCUCCAACUUACACUCUGUUUCUCAGUCGAUGAAACGGCUUGCUCUGCUCAUGCUGUGUGCUCUGAGCAUUGUUCUGAUGUAAGAAUGUCAGUCUUUGUAUGUGCCUGCAUGCAUGUAGGCUUGUGUAUGUGUGCACUAGAAAGAGAGUUUAGGGAGUUUUUUUUUGUUGUUUUAUUUUUUAUUUUUUUUACUGAGCACUGAUGACUCUUUCAUGCAGAGAGAAAACAGCAGCAGUUACUGGGAACUAGAAGGGUUUUAUAAGAGGUGACAAGCCCCCCUAGUGGGUAGAGAACAGAGUGGCAGCACUAACUGGUGGAUUAAGAAUCAUAGAACGCAACUGACAAUGACAGAAAUGUUUCUGUUUAGGUGAAUCAACUGUAAAUAGUUAAUUUCGUUUUCAGUGCACAGUGUAAAAUGUAUUUUUUUAUUUCCGUUUGAUGUGACUUUUUUAAUACCUCAGACAGAGGAUGUUUGUUUUUAACAGAAGCACUUUAUUUUAGUUUUGUUGUUGCUGUUUUUCACAGAUGCCAGUCAGUGUUUCAUUUUUUCUCCACCAAAACCUGCAAUGGCUCAAGUUUUAUCAUUGCAUUACUUUUUUUGCACUGAUGAAAAGUCAGUUGAUAAAAAAAGCUGCUUUUUUUUGUUUGUUUUUUUUAAUGGAUCAUUCUUCCAGUGGCUGAUGAGACUCAGCAUCUUGUUUUUAAGUCAGUCAUCAUGAGCUUUUCUGUUGAAUGUAUUAUGUUUGAUGUUGCAGCAAAUGCCAUCUGUACUACUUUGUUGCUAUAUGAUUUCAGCUACGUUUGUGUGCAAAUGUUCGGAUGCAUCAUUGGUCUUUUUACUAGUUGAUAAAUGUGGCUUAAAUUUGUCAGUCUCUUUAGAGGUAUUCCCACCUUUUUGCCAAAUUGUUCUGACUAUAUGGGCUCAUAUUUUUUACUCACCAAAAUUAUUAUAAUUUGAGCCAAAGACAGAAAAUGUUGUGGGUAGUUUUUUUUUCCUUCUUCUUCUUUUUGUACAAAGAAAAUCAAAACUCGGAACCAAACCAGCACCCUUCUUUCCAUUUUAUAGAAAUGAAAUUUACUACUGUAGACUGUUUUUCUUCAGCCAGAAUUGACAAAAAAUGCCUCUUACAGGGCAGCAUGUAAGAUAUUGCAGAUAAAAACAGUGAAAAACUGAAGAAACUUGAUAACACUGUACUCCAAAUUGUGCUUAAGCACUGUGUUAUGGGAAUUUGAUGCCUGGGAGAGAUUCCAACCUUCUUCAACAUAACCUGUCUAUCUAAUUACGCCCAAUUAGUUAGGUCAGCUUAAUCAUAGUUUGGUUGUUUUUGGUAUUGCAAUCUUUUACAUCAUGUGUGAGUUUGGGUUUGGUGAAGAGUGACUGGUCAAUGUUGAAAUACUUAACUUAUUUAUGAACGUAGCGUCCUGUAGAAGAACCUAAGCUCCAUAUUCUUGCUGUUGGAUAAUUUAAAAAAAUGUCAGAUGUGAUUGUACUGCCACCUAGUGGUGCUUUCUUGCUAUGUCGGUGUGUUACUUAAGUCGC